AAAUUUCCGAACAAUUAUGAGGGGCCCUUAGCCAUGAAGAACUCCAACAAUUGAUGAAAAUGAUCAACAAACUUGAGACCACAAUCUCAUUAUCCUUCCCACCAAAAUGAGAGGCUAUGCUAACCCUUCUUUAUCUUCAACAAAAACAAAAUGGCCAUAUACAUCGAAUUUCACUAUUUUACUCUACUUCAUCAAAAGAUUACAUCUUUAUACACCAUUAGAUAUCAGAUAAAUGUUCUGAUGAUCAUAUAAUCAACAAACAGACAAAUCUUAUUGUGGAUUUUGUGUCACAACAUGCCUAUCUUUCGAGUUUGAAAAUACUCAAGAGUGAAGUUUGCAAGCACACUAACUGUUUGUUGAAUUGCAUCAACCAAAUCCUCCAUCAAAAUUAACUAUGGCAAAGCCUAUUUCAAUUGACGUUUAUAAUCCCAAUGGAAAAUACAGAGUUAUCAGCACAAAACCCAUGCCUGGAACUAGGUGGAUCAAUCUCUUGGUUGAACAAGAUUGUAGACUUGAGAUUUGUACUGAGAAGAAAACCAUCUUAUCUGUUGAGGAUAUUAUUGCUUUGAUUGGAAAUAAGUGUGAUGGGGUAAUUGGGCAGUUGACUGAGGACUGGGGAGAGACUUUGUUCUCUGCAUUGAGCAGGGCAGGUGGUAAAGCUUUCAGUAACAUGGCUGUUGGUUACAACAAUGUUGAUGUUAAUGCUGCCACUAAGUAUGGUGUUGCUGUUGGUAACACUCCAGGAGUCCUCACUGAGACUACAGCAGAACUAGCAGCCUCACUGUCCUUGGCAGCUGCCCGUAGGAUAGUUGAAGCAGAUGAGUUUAUGAGGGCUGGUCUGUAUGAAGGAUGGCUUCCUCACUUGUUUGUCGGAAACUUGCUUAAAGGACAGACUGUUGGUGUGAUUGGAGCUGGUCGUAUUGGGUCUGCUUAUGCCAGGAUGAUGGUUGAGGGAUUCAAGAUGAACCUGAUAUACUUUGAUCUGUAUCAAUCAACUCGCCUGGAAAAGUUUGUCACCGCUUAUGGUGAAUUUCUGAAGGCCAAUGGUGAACAACCUGUCACCUGGAAAAGAGCAUCGAGUAUGGAUGAAGUACUCCAGCAGGCUGAUCUUAUAAGUCUACACCCUGUGUUGGAUAAAACCACAUACCAUCUUGUGAACAAAGAGAGACUCUCAAUGAUGAAAAAGGAUGCAAUCCUCAUUAACUGCAGUAGAGGUCCUGUGAUUGAUGAAGUAGCUCUUGUUGAACAUUUGAAAGCGAACCCCAUGUUUCGAGUUGGUCUUGAUGUGUUUGAGGAUGAGCCAUACAUGAAACCUGGUCUCGCUGACAUGAAGAACGCAGUUGUGGUGCCACACAUCGCAUCAGCUUCCAAGUGGACUCGUGAAGGAAUGGCUACACUGGCCGCACUCAAUGUUCUGGGUAAGAUCAGAGGAUACCCGGUGUGGUCUGACCCCAACCGCGUUGAGCCAUUCUUGAAUGAAAACACUUCACCUCCAAGAGCUAGCCCGAGCAUUGUCAAUGCUAAAGCUUUAAGUUUACCUGUUUCGAAGCUGUAGGAAUCGAAACACGACAAUGAGCGAGUAGAGUUUUGCUGCAAUAAGUCUGUGCAUCUUUGAUGUAUGAAUGAAUCAGUGAUCAGUCUUUUAAGAGUUUCAUGGAAAUAUCUGUAACUAUAGCUCACAGAAACAGUGUAUACUGAUAUCAUGCUGUAUUUCAAAAUCUCAAAUGACUAGUUGAUAAUCUAUUUUAUGAGAAUAAUCAAUAUAAUUAAUAUAUUUUGAUUCGUCAGUGUGACUACAUGAGAA